ACGCCCUGUUACCGGACCCCCCCCCUGCCCCGAUACCGGACUCUCUCCCGGUUCCAGGCAGCAGGAAGGACAUUUCCUCACGCGCUUCAGGGGAGACGAGCACCUCAUCUCGUCUUCCUCUGCUUCUUGAUUUGUUCUUUCUUCUCAGCAUCAGAUUCGUUCCUGAGAGUAGAAAACUUAAAAAACGGCCCAUGGGGUGAACAGGCUUUGUGAGGGGGGCGAUGAAGAUGAGGAUGCAGUGAUGAAGGAGCGUUGUGAUUGAACUCGCAGGUAACCAUGGUGACGGAGCAUCUUCCCCGCUGGGCCCAGCAGGACUCCGGCGAAGGUCUGGUCCACAUCAAUGUCGGCGGUCUGAAGAGGAGCCUCUGCUGCAGCACGCUGAGGAGGUUCCCCAACACACGGCUGGGAAAGCUGCUGUCAUGUGACUCGGAGGAGGACAUCCUGCAGGUGUGUGACGACUACGACGUGCAGCAGAAGGAGUUUUAUUUUGACAGGAAUCCGGGCCUCUUCCCUUACGUCCUCCACUUCUACCAGACGGGGAAACUCCACAUCAUGGAGGAGCUGUGUGUCUUCUCCUUCAGUCAGGAGAUAGAGUACUGGGGCAUCAACGAGUUCUUCCUGGACAGUUGCUGUAGUUACCGUUACCAUGACCGCAAGCUAGAGGGCAGCCGCCAUCACAGCUGGGACGAGGACAGCGAGGUGAGCAGCGAAGACACAUCGGUGGACGAGAUCUCAGACCUGAACCGAGACAUGCUCCACUUCCAGGAAGUGCGUCAUGGUAACGUGAGGAAGUGUCUGUGGUUGACUCUGGAGAAUCCGAGUUACUCCCUUCCCAGUAAGCUCUUCAGCUUGGUCUCCAUUGGGGUGGUGGUCGCCUCCAUCGCCUCCAUGUGCAUCAGCAGCAUCCCUGAGUAUCAGACCUUUGAUGGUGAAGGGAAGGUGAUGGAGGACCCCUCCAUGCAGGCUCUGGAUGUUUUCUGCACCUGCUGGUUCACCUUCGAGGUGGUGACCCGGCUGCUGCUCGCUCCGAACAGGAGGAAGUUCUUGCACCACCCUUUGAACAUCAUCGACCUGGUGUCUGUGGCUCCGGUCUACGUCACCCUGCUGUUUGACACAGCUGUGGGACCCGAGUCCGAACUGGGAGUUCUGGGACGACUCGUACAGGUGUUCCGCUUAAUGAGGAUCUUCAGAGUUCUGAAGUUGGCCCGACACUCGACGGGUCUCCGCUCUCUGGGAGCGACUCUCCGGCACAGCUACAGAGAAGUCGGCAUCCUGCUGCUCUACCUUGCUGUGGGAGUGUCAGUUUUCUCCGGCAUCGCCUACACGGCCGAGUACGAGGAGGGCGUCGGUCUGGACACCAUCCCGGCCUGCUGGUGGUGGGGGACGGUCAGCAUGACCACCGUCGGCUACGGUGACGUAGUUCCCGUCACGGUGGCUGGGAAGCUGGCGGCGGGCGGCUGCAUCCUGGGCGGCACGCUGGUGGUGUCGCUGCCCAUCACCAUCAUCUUCAACAAGUUCUCCCACUUCUACCGGAAGCAGAAGGCCCUGGAGGCCUCGGUGAGGAACAACCACCGCAGGAAGGUGAGGAUGAGCUGCGAGGACGAGGUGAACGAGGACGACACCGACGACAUGGAGGAAGACAUCCAGGACGAGGACGACGGAGGCGUCGUCAACUACAGCUACGUGGAACACCCGUCCUACUCCGCCCUCCUGAAGAGGAAGGAGCUGCUGGAGAGUCAGGGAUCUUCUCUGUGAUUGUGGAGACAAAGAUGGCGCCUGACGUCCUGUGGAUUCCGUCCUUCUUCCAACCAACGUUUAGUUUGUUCUCACCGACAUAAAAAAAACGACAGUGAGCGACCAACACUUAAUUGAACAGGAAGGGAAAAAGAAAAAGAAGGUAUGCUAACACUGUGACUAUGCUAAUAACACUACAUUUAUGCAAUAUCUCAGUAGCAUGAUACAUUAAAAAAAGUUACAUAAAAGAUGAGAGUAAUGGGAAAAUGUCAUCACAAAAUCAACUAUGAUUUCAAAUGAUUAAAUUGAUCACUUGGGGAAAUUCACAAAGUACACAGCGGUAUAUUAAAUAUUUUAAAUGAGCUCCAAAAAAUCAAAUAUUUAAUGAAUCAAUGAGAGUAAUAAUAUUGAUUCUGCUUUGAGUUUGUUUCCUUUUUGAAACAGUUUUACGUGGAGCAGGAGAAACCCGGCUUACAUUUGAUCUUUCUAUCGGAACAUUUUCCUCCAAACUGGAGAAUAAGAAGUUGUCAAGGCUAUGAGUGAUAUCCAAUCACUGGUAUUGAUCAAUAAUUAGUUUAACCAGUGUGGGUUAGUGUCCCCACUAUAGAGGUCAUAAAAUCGAACUGGUCCUCACAAAGAUAGUUAAACAGAAAUAACACACACAUCACACUAGAUUAGAUUUAAUGAUUUAAAUGAAAUACUAUUAUAUAUUAUAUAUAAUAACAAUAUUUUAAUUUAUUUCAAAUAAUCUUUGAAAAACCUCAGAAAAGAUUUUAACCACAAAAAAACAACAACAAGUGAUUUAAAUGCCCUCAGUUUCAUUUAUUUAUUCAACAGAAGAAAUAUCAGUGAUGUCAAACAUAAACUUCCACUCAAUUAUUUAAGGCAGAAUAAAAAUUCAGAGCCAAACAAAGUGAAAAAGGUCAGAAAAGAAACAAAGAAAAAUACA